GCGCGGGAACGGCCGAGGCUUCAUCCCGCUGCCGUGGCGGAUUUACGGGAAUUUGUUCUUGUGUUCCUGGUGGGAGGAGGGAAUAUAUCGGGAAUACGCGCGAGACGCUGUAUUGUUUUUUGGACGGUUUCGAUAUAUUGUAGUGUGGGAUUUUGUUUGUGAUCGGUUGAUCGCGGUUUUUUGCUAGUGUUGAUCAUAUAGGAGAUUAUUUGUGACUGUUGGACUGUGAUGGUGGUUAAGGAACGUGGGAGGUGUGAUUUAAGGACUAUACUGGAUCGAUGAGGAUCAAGCCAGAGACCGGUCCAGUUCUCGUCCAUAUGCCGAGGGUUGGUCAGUUGGAGGACGAGGUCGACUUCGUGGCGGUGAAAACGCGGUCCACCACGCCCGAGGAGGCGGCCGGUGGCGGCGGCCCGUACUGGAUGCCUCCGCAGGCCGCCCAGGGUGGCGGAGGAGGCACUCCCAGGCACCCUAUCGACGGGUGCGGCGAGACAGGCUUCAUCAACAGUCAGCCGUCGAUGGCAGAGUUUAUGACAGCGUUGCCUCAUCUCUCUGCCGAGAUGCCACCCCACGGACCCCCCAUGAGCCCUCAACACACACCACCAGGUGGAUACCCUUUGGACGUUCCCCACGGAAUGGGAUCACCGGGAGUCAACGUUCCAGAAUACCCCUGGAUGAAAGAAAAGAAAACCACAAGAAAAAACAGUCAACAGGAAAAUGGACUACCCAGACGACUUAGAACGGCGUACACCAACACCCAACUAUUAGAAUUAGAAAAAGAAUUCCAUUUUAACAAAUUCUGCAGGCCGAGAAGGAUAGAGAUAGCAGCUUCUUUAGAUUUGACGGAAAGACAGGUUAAAGUAUGGUUCCAGAAUAGAAGAAUGAAACACAAACGUCAAACUCUAGGCAAACAGUCUGAAGAUGGUGACGACAAAGACUCCGUCACGAGCGAAGGGAGUAAAAGCGCAAAACUGACCGACAAAUAUCUAGACGAUGAAAUGUCAAAGAAGAGUUGUCAGGGUUGUGAAAUGCCUUCAACAGGACUCUGCGUGUCACAUGACGAAAUACCCGACAUUGCCUCGUCCAGGGGAAAUAACAACAACACGCCUAGUGCAACAAAUAACAAUAAUAGUACUGGAGCUUUCAGCAGCGGGAACUCUACAGGAGCCAGUAGCGUAGUUCAGAACAGCACUGCUGAGCAUGUGAUCAGCACAUCUGAUCAGCACUGCUGA